AUGGGGCAGAAAACUUCCCAACAAUUGACUGUGAAGGACAGUCAAGAAGUUUUCAGCCUUCCUGAGGUGUUCAGUGGAGCUAUAGUGUAUGCAGCUCAGAAACUGGAGGAGUAUCUUGGAUUUGAAGAUCCUUUGAGUAAACUUUGCCCAGCUCCAAACACUCUGAAUUAAAUCUUCUUAAUGCACUUCAUCACUUUCUGCAAAGGAAAGGGAGUUGACGAAUGGCUUACCACCACCAAGAUGACGAAGCACCAAGCCUUACUGUUUGGGGCAGACUGGAUUUGGACCUUUUGGGACUCCGAUAAACAAAUAAGGUUUCAACUGGCAGUACAGACUCUACAGAUGUCUUCUCUUCCUCCUGUGGAAUCUAGCCCUUGUGACAGCUCCAAUCCAGAAUCAAAAGGAGAGGAGUCUUUCAAGGAGAAGAGUAGAUUUGAUACGCUGGAAGAAUUUUGUACCUUGAUAGGGGAGGAUUGUCUGGGCCUCUUUCUUAUCUUUGGUGUGCCAGGAAAGCCUAAAGCCAUCAGAGGAGUUGUCCUGGACAGUGUCAAAAAUGAGACAGUGAGGAACCUUCUGCCAGGAGGAAAAGCUGUGGUAAGGUUUGUCCUGGAAACUGAACAUUGUGUCUCCAUCAGAGAGCUGCUUGGAAACUGUCUCAGUAAGAAACAUGGGCUGAGAGAGGUGGGCAAGGUUUAUAUUAAUAUCCUCUGA